AUGCUGAGUACAUGCUUUUCAAAAGCGGCAGGACUGCGAAAUCUGUCGCUCGCUUUGAUACAGUGCGCUUACGGUACUGCUACUGGUUCUCGUGUCCAAGCGUCACCGUUCGGGUUCCCAGAAAAGGACGUGAUCAACUUCAUAAACAGUUUCGGUCUCUCUUCGAGUGUUGCACGUGAUUUUAUGCUGUUUCUAACAUUUUCGAACCAGAUUAUACGCUAUACAAAUGGGCGCAGUGUUAGUCUGGCUUGUGCUACUGCUGUGGCGAAUGUUGUUUACCAGUUGAGUGAAGGAGAAAAUACACCAGGAGCAACCGACGUAGCAGCUAUAUCGAAAAUAUUCCAGUCAGAAAGUUCGUUCUCACCUUCCAGUUCCGUGAAAACAAUAAGAAAGUCACCUGUUAACAAGGAAUUGAAAGGUGUUAGGCCUAUUUUUGCAAAACACAAUGACGCCAAGUUCUAUCCGAAUAUCAUGUGCGUCAUAUGCAAGGAAUGGGUGUGUUCGAGAAGUCGUCGAAUCCACAUUUCGGCGCACUUCGGCUACCGCAAAUACACAUGCUCUACUUGCGACUUCUCACAUACGAAAGAAAUCUUCGUCGAAACACACAUUCGGAAAUGUCAUAAUCGAGUAGGGAGUGUGCUUCAAAAAGACGAUCCCGCUGUGGAGUCCAGAAUAGAAGAUGCGUGUAACGAUAGCAUAGCAAUGACUAGGGAUGUGUUGAGAGGUCAAUAUGAUGAUGAGAUCUACGCGAGUUAUGCGAAUAUGAGUACCGAUAGAAGUCAAAUUGCAAACAAGGAGCGGAGAAGUCGUACACAAGUCCUUAGUGUCGUGUCUGAUGGCUCAAAUGCACAAUUACUGCAAUAG